AUAACAACCCAAUGCACACAUUUUCAACUACGACAUGUUGCUUUGUGUAUUAACAAUUUGGAUUCUUCUUAAACAACCUCUAUCAUGCUCUAUUAAUCUUAUUUCACAACAAAACUGUUCGACUGGCUCCACGGAUUCAAAUGCGGAAUAUUUCAACUCGGCAAACCUUCUGUGUAAAAAGUGUUCACAGAAUUUGACUUUUCAAAAACAAUCAGCAGAUGGUAUGAAUCUUUGUAAAAUUAUUUUCAGGGUUUUCAUGCAUUUGUCAACCUGGAUACAAAACGGUAAAAAACUUUGGUGGUAAUAAUGUUGAAUGUUCCCAAUGUAAAAAUGGAGAAACGGUCAGUGAGGACGGCCUGUUCUGUAUACCAUGUAGGACUGGUUCGUAUAUGGCAGCCACAAAAAGUUGCAGUUCUUGUCCUUCAGACUCUGUUUCAGUCAGGUUCCCCACUCCCUACACAGGCUUGUCUAAUAUGUUCAAACAACACAAUGCCAGACAACAAUACCUGUGUUACAUGUCGGACAACAAUUAAAAUGUUGCGUGCUUCUUCAUUGCCUGAAUCAUGCGUAUGUCCGAACUCCCGAGUUGAUGGGGUUUGCUUUCCAGGAAUAACACCAACGACAAUUGGCACUUCCAGUUCAGCCUCUAGUUCAAGCCCCGUUGUACCUACAGGAUCGGAUACUUUUACACUAGUAUUACCUGCUGGUGAGACAAGUUCACAAACAGGGAUAUCAUCCAAAUAUUUUGAGACACAAGCACGUUCGGCAACAGCAUUUUGUUCAACUGCUUAUAAUAAUAUAACAGCAUGUCAGUUACUAGCUAAUUUAUGUACCUUACAAUUAAAUACAUUAUACAAUAUUGGAACUGGAUCAGCUAGUACAUGUUCAGAAUUUCGAAGACUUACUAGUCAAAGAACUCCAAUUAAUAGUGAUUAUACUAGUUGGGUGAAUGAUAUGCCUUGGCUUUAUUAUAGUCCAACAAAAGGAUCAACAGUUCUUAAAGAUACAAAAAUAAAAACAAUUUAUAGUCCUAAUUCUAAUCUACAAAUCUAUUUAGCUGCAUUUAAAAUAAAUGGUGAAUUUUUAGGUUUUCAAGAUGCAUCACAAGGCGGACAAUUACAAUUGUGUAAAGAUACAUCAGCACGUAUGAAAGCUGCAUUUCAAUUUGCUACAACAUAUAAACAAACUUGUGAAUUAAACGUGGACGAUUUAUUUGAUAAUGAAAAAUAUCCAUUAAUUUUCUAUGAUCCAUAUAUUUAUUAUUAUGACACUACAACACAAACUAGUCAACUUAUUCCAAUCCCAAUACGUAAUACAGCUGUUAUUGAUAAAAGUGGCAAUUUUCCAAAUGUAAUAACUAGUUCAGAUCAAAAUAGUUUAAAUGAAGCAUUAGCAUUAGGUAAUACAGCAUCUGCAGUAUCAAUUGAAGCUGAUAUACAAGAUAAAUGGGAAUUAACUCGACGUUUAUUUAUGGUUGAUAAUUUUUCAGGUAAAACGUCUACAAUAUCAAAAGUACCUCAAUUAGUUCGUUAUGCAUCAAAUAUUGAAAUCAAAGUGACAUCACAAGAUUCUGCUACUGAUGGACAAAUAUAUCCACCAAUUAUUAAAAUUGACUAUUCAAAUUUGUAUGCUACAAAUGACUAUGGCAAGGGGAAACAAGUCCAAAUUACGUUUUCAGUUACUUAUAGUAGUUCAAUUGCAAAACAAGCUGCAUUCGAUCAAGCUUUACGUAUUGCUGUGGGUUGUAUAUCAACAUUGGCUGCAUGUUAUGCAAUGAUACGUACAUGGAUAUGGUCACGUCGUGCUGGUGUAUUACGUUUAGAUGCUAUGUUAGUGAUUAAAUUGAUUUUAUUUGCAGCAGGAAAUAUUUCUAAUGCAUUUUUAAUUGUCAUCUAUUUUGUUUCAAUUUACUUUUUAAUAUUUUAUAAGGUACAAAGUGUCUACUUAAUCAAUCUACCAAAUUCUGAUGAAUUUAUAGUAAUUUAUAUUUCAAUUGCAUUUGCAUUGAAAUGUAUUGACUUGAUACACUUAAUAGCUGUUCAAUGUACAAUGGAUAUAUUUUUAAUUGAUUGGGAACCGCCUAAAUUCAAUCGUAAUGUAAAUAAUGUUAAUCCAUCAUCCAACACAGAUAUACAAUUAAGUUCAAGAAGUCAAUCAUUAGGAAAAUAUAAUAUGAUUAGUGAUGUCACAGAUGAUUUAGAGGCACGUCCUAAAAAAGAAUUACGAUCAUCUUUACCACCAUUAUCAAUAUCUAAUCAAAUGGAAGAUACUGGUAUAUCAGUAUGGCGAACAAUUUAUGUAGCGAACGAAUGGAAUGAAAUACAAACAUAUCGUAAAACUAAUUGUUUAAUUACCAUUGCAUGUGUGCUUAUUUUAAUGCAGGUUAUUGGAUUAGAAAAUUUAGCAUCAUCAGAUGCUAAAUCCAAUGUUGUACUUAAUUCAUAUGAAUAUCAAAGUCCACAAAGUCGUAUAUUUCGAAUUGCUUUAAUACUUUCCAUUUUUUCAGUAAUAGGUAUCAUUCAAUGGCUUUUCUCAAUCACCUUAUGGGAGAGAUGUUUCUCUGAUAAAUUACGUAGUUUCGCUGAUUUAUGCAGUGUAGCAAAUGUUUCUUUAUUUUUAUUUGCUCAAUCUAAUUUCGGUUAUUAUAUUCAUGGACAUUCACCAACAGGUCGUUCUGAUGUUGAUUUAGGCGGUAUAACACAAAUGUUAUCAAUUGAAAAUGAAGGUAUAGCACCAAAACGUGGUAUUACACCAGACUCAAAUGAUCAUACGUAUCGUAUGGCUUUACCUUCAGGAUUACGUCAAACAUUUAAUCGUUUAUAUACACCAUUACUUAAUUUAACUUUAAAUACUGAUAAAUAUGGUAAACAUGCUUCAUCACAGGCAAUCACAAAUGAAGUAUAUCAUAAUAUUAAUCGAUAUUUGAAAAGAUUCAUUUCAAGAGAUGAUCCUGAUGGUUUACGCUACAGAAUUGUUCGUCGUAAAGCAUUCGAAGAUAUUCUUGAUGGUGAAUUUGAUGAUACAACAUUUGAAGGAUUAUUUUAUAUUGGUAAGAAUUUUGUUUAAAUAUUAUAAUAUUAGUGAUAAUUUGAUGAAUGCAAACAUUUAAAGUUCAAGUGCUCAACAAAGAACCAGAUCUAGAUAACAUCAAUGAAUAUUGACAAAAUAUGGGUUAGAAACCAGUAAAUGAAGCAAUUUAUCAUACUCCAUUAUAUAUCUCAUAAUUAAAGGAAUACAUAUGUACAUUUGCUACCCAGCUAACUACAUACGAGUUAUUUGGGACUCGUCUGAUUAGGUUGUAAUGAUAGUCCGAUUAUAAGUUAGUUCACUUAUAUUGCCAGUAGCACAAGUAACUUAUUUACUAAUCGAUAUAUAUCAAACAGUAAAAAAACCAAGACGUUAAUGCAUAUUGGUCCUCGAGUACCUAACCAAGUGGCUAAUCAGAAGACCACAAUAAAAUAUAGAUCAUUUCGCUGUUGUAUUCAAGUCGAUAAUGAUUCAGAACUCACACAAUAAUGUACUUAAAAUGUCCACCUACACAGUAAUAUAAUCAAAGAAUUAAAAUUUAAGCAUAACUUAGACAUAAGGGAUACAAAAUCAGAAUAAUAAGGGAAUAAUUAAUUAGAAAUGGAUCUAAAAGGAUAUAAUGUAUGACAAUGAAAGCUUAAAAACAGGUAAAUAUAAGAAUACAACAGUCCAAGCAUCUAAUUAUAUAAUAAAAAUGUAAAUAAUAACUCUUUGUACAAUUAUAAGCAAAGAUGGAUAGUGGCUAGCAUUGGAAUACAGGACGCGCGUUUCGUCCUGUUUGGGAUUCGUCAGCUGGACGUACCUGCAUCUCAGAGCUGAUUUUCACUCUGGGACUCGAACCCAUUACCAUUCGCGUUAUCCACUUAGCUACUGAGUCCUGAUACUCACUUGCUUAUGAAAUGGGGUGAAGUUUAAAUUCACUUGGUAUUGUUUGUUUGAAUCAUCUCAAUGAUGUUUAGGACUGCAGUUUAAUUCUUACCAAAUUUCUUUGAUAUACAUAUAAAUUUUCUUGCAUCUACAGAUGACGGUAAUUCAUUUGGUGAUACACUGUAUUAUGGAAAUGAAUGGUUGUUAUUCACAUUCGAUGCACUUCUAUUCUGUUUAGUGGAUUUAUUAAGUCAAAACCUAAUAUUAUCAGCAUUUUUUGUCAUUCUAAUAGGAAGUAUAUUCACUUUAUUACGUGAUGAUCUUGGACGUCGUAAUACAGCUAGAAAAACACUUAUUGAUGAACGUUUUCUAAUUUAGAAUAAAUGCUCUUCCAGUUUAAGUAAAAGGUGUUGAAGUAAAAUGUAACUAUAAC